CUCCCAAGGACAAUCCAGUCUGGUGGGCAAUGUGGGUAGCUGGAAAGAGGGCCAGGUCUGUCCCUGUCCCCUUGGCAGGUGGUGCCGAGGGGAGGGCUGGCUGCCUGUGCAAAGUGCUCAGUCCUUGUGGGGCGGGACUGGGAGCACUGCCACGCAGGGCUGUGGGACUGGGACGGAGCUGGGCUGGGUGCAGCAGAGGGCCAAGGCAGGAGCUCCCACAAUGAUGGGGAACACCGUGUUCCUGUCAUUCACCUUCUACAGCACGAUCCUGAUUCUAAAGAUGUAUGUCGUUGCCAUCAUCACGGGACAAGUGAGGCUCAGGAAGAAGGCGUUUGCUAACCCAGAGGAUGCGCUGCGCAAUGGAGGGCUGCAGUACUACCGUGAGGACCCUGAUGUGGAGCGCUGCCGCAGGGCACAUCGCAACGACAUGGAGAACAUCUUCCCCUUCCUCUUCCUCGGAGCUGUGUACUCUCUGCUGGAGCCCAGUCCUGCAGUGGCCAGGAUCCACUUCUUCAUCUUCUGUGCGGGACGCAUCAUGCACACCGUGGCCUACCUGCUGAAGCUGAGGGCUCCCACACGAUCCGUGGCAUACAGCGUGGCACAGCUGCCCUGCUUCUCCAUGGCCCUGCAGAUCCUCCUGGCAGCUGCCCCGUAUUGGUAGCACCCAACCGAGCAGAGCACCCAAGCCCCCAUUCUGCUCUGUUCAGCUGUGCCAGUACUGAGACGUUCCUGGUGGGGGCGUGAGUGGGUGCUGCAGGGAUGUGUGGGGUGGCCUCGGUAAGGUCACUGGGCCUGCUGUUGAAAUUGGGGCAGGGGAAGUGGGCAGGGGAUGCCUAGCAGCUUUCCCUCAUUCCUGUCCUCGAGGAAGGGGUGUCAUCAGAGGAAAAGACAUUUUCUGACCCAGCAUGGGAUGGGGAAUGCUGCCCUUGAUCAGCAGCAGAAUCAGGAGGGAAAAACCACCACGGUCUCACAGCUCUGCAAGAACUCUUGGUUGGUGGAUGUGGGUGUUUGCAGGGAGGGAGACAAGCUUUUGAUCCGGUCCCAGCCUCAACACGGGAUGCAGCAGGGACUGCCAGAGCAGCCCGCAGAAAUCACUGCCCUGCAGAGAGCUGUGUGCCUGCAGCCAUGUGCUGCCGCUGCCUGGAAAUGCUCUGAGAGAUGCUUUCAAUUUGCACCCCAAGCUGUGCCCUGGGAGGAGGGCUCUGCUGUUCUUCUGUGCUGCGUGAGGAUGGCCAACCCUACUGUGCCACACAGCUGUCCUUAGGGAUGAUGCUGGGGCAGCCUCAUGGAGGGCAGGGCAGGAGGAAGGCUCUGAGGACAAUGCAAAGCUUUGCUAAGAUUGCAGUGAGAAAGCAGAGUGAGCAGAAAAUAAAAUCCUGUCUUAAGCACUAAA